UUUCGCAUAGACAAUUGUUGGUCGCGUCGAUUUUUUAAGUGUAGAAAAUCUAAUAAGCAUAGAUUUUUUACCAUCAAAAAUUUUAAAAGUGUAGUGAAUUUUGGUGAAACAUGAACUUAUGAAAAUUUCUAUAAAAUUUCUUGCAGUGCGAUAGUUGUUUACAUUUUUGCUAUUGUUGAAUGGGAGUUUAAUGCAACUAAUUUGUUCGUGUAGUAAAUGAAAAACAUACAACAAAGUAUUUAUUUAUCAAAAAAGAAGCUGUAGAGUGGAUUAUUAAGCAAAGUGGAGUUUGGGUGAAGAUUUAUUUAUGUGCGAUUACGAUUUUGAUGUCCCACAUCUGAGCUUCCAGUUUAAAGCAAGUUUUAGCGUUAAAGUGUUUGAUGUGAGUUUCAUUUCCAAGCACUCGACAUAUGUAUGUAUAAGUAAGAGCAUUUUUAAAGCAAAACAUUCAACAAACCCCUGAAAAAACAUUGAACCUCAUCAAUCAUGGCAGACAUUGCCAAAACCGACAACGUAUCACCGGCAACAUCAAUGUUGGUGCAGCUCACCACUGAUGGGGUACCAAAACUUCACUGUCCUGUAUGUGAUAAGGCACUAACAUCACUUAACGGCUAUGUAAAUCAUGUGAAGAAGCACGAGCCUCCAGGUGGCUUUCUCUGUCGCUAUUGUGAUGAACGUUUUUGCUCUGAAGAUGCAUUGAAGAAGCACCGUGAUGAGAUACAUACCACAAUUAUCUGCCGACUAUGUACUGGAGUAACUUUUACCAAUGAAAGUGACUAUCGGGAGCAUAUACGUAUUAUACACAAUGGCAUCGAUCGUGAAAUGUACAAAUGUGACAAAUGUGGAGCAGAAUAUAAGACACUCCUACCAUUUAAACGACACUUAGAAACGGAGUGUGGCACAAUUAAACCCUUCAAAUGUGAUCAGUGUCCAAUGAGUUUUGUUACCAAAUACAAUCUGAAACAACAUAAAGAAUUACAUACGGGAGAACGUAAAUACUGUUGUAGUUAUUGUGGUAAAAAUUUUCUCCAAAAGGGACGUCUAAUUGAACAUGAACGUUCGCAUACAGGCGAAAAGCCACAUAAAUGUGAUGUGUGCGGUAAAUGCUUUGCACAUCGCGAAAGUAUUGUUACACAUUCCUCAAUUCAUACGGGCAUCCGUUUGGUGGAGUGCAAAUGUUGUCAUACACGUUUCUCUUGCCAUUCUAACUUAAUAAAGCAUCGACGUACGCGGCCUGACACCUGUGGGCUGCCGGAAUUCGAUCCGCCAAAGGAGCGCGUGCGUAAGAAAAACCGUUUAAGAAUACCACCAACACUUAAUCCUACCUCAGAGAUAAAAGUAAGCAAUUCUAAUCGAAUAAUUAAGCCGGAUCAUAAAGAUCAAAUGCGCCAAACGAAGACAAAAAAGGAUAUUUACACUAAAAUGACUGCACGCAAAAGUACUGCCGGCAAACCAGGACGUAAACCGGGUAAACGAAAAAGUCAAAUACCUGAAACAGAUACGGAAGAAGAGGAGAAUGAUGAAAACAAACACGAAGAAGCCAGUACACGGCUAGACAUAUUAACAACCAUGCAUCAAACUAAAAGUCCACAAAGUGGCUUCGAGAACGUUAUUAGCGAAAAACUUGAAAAAUCGGAAAGAGACUCCGAUGACGAUUAUGCAGGUUUUGAUCCCGUUGACAGUGAGGGCGACGACUAUUAUGAGCAUGAGGAAAAUGCAAAAUUUUCGUUGCCAAAAUUUGAAGAAAUAAAAGAGGAAAAUGGUGAUGACGAAGUGGAAUUCAUAGAAGCGGAGCUCAGCUUCAAGUCAGAAGAUGGUAAAUCGCUAGAUAGCUUACUCAAUGAUGCAAAGAAUGAAGGAAUGGCGCAAAGCGAUAAUCAGCAGUGUAAGGAGCACGUUAGUGGUUUGCAUGAGACUGAAUUAAUAAUAAUUAAAAAUGAAAACAGCAUAAAUUAUGUAGAAGAAACGGAUGUUUUAGAUGUAGACACGCCUGCAAGUAGCACCCUGACAGCGUGUAAAAUAAUAUUACGUGACAUUUGUCAGCGAUAUCCUCAAUUAAAAGAAGAAUCGAGCAUAAAUGUGUCAACCAUUGCUCCAACAUUUCCGCGUCCACAAAGAAAAAAAUCUGCGCAAGCACAAAAAGCGUAUACAAUGGACACAGAUAGUGAUGAGUGUUUACUGAAUAUGUCUAAACAGUCUUUAAAUAUUGUAAAUCAAGUUGAACCCACAGCUGUGGUUGCGAAAAAAACGAAACGAGGACGUAAAGCACGCAAACAAACAGAGACUGUGAAUACGGCUAAUUCUGCAGAUGAACAUGAAGAAAUUGAACAACUAAUAGAUGGAAUUAAUGAAGAAAAUGAAUUGUCAACUGAAAAGUCUCCCUUAAAAACGGAAUUUCCGAAAGAGCCGAAUAAGCGUAGACGUUUGGCAAAACUCUCACAGAAGGAAUUAAAAAUGCGUUUGAAAUUAACAAAACGCCGCGAAAAGCCUUAUCAAUGUCCAUAUUGUAUUAAAGUUUAUUAUAUAAGUAAACCAUUUGAAAAGCAUUUACGAAAUGAUCAUAAACGUCCCGAAGAGGAGAUUAAAGAGUCGCUUAAAAUGGAAGAAUUCGGUAUUAAUGAUGGCGAAGUUUUCAAAUGUCAUAUAUGCUCAAAAAUAUACUUAAUGGAGAAACGUUUGGAGAGUCAUAUUAUGAAGCAUGGUCCUGAUGGCAGCUUAAUCUUCAAAUGUCCCUGCUAUUGUGCUUUGUAUUUCGCUACUAAAGAUGAAGCUACAACGCAUGCACGUAAGGAGCAUCACGAUAUGUUGUAUUGCAAUAUUUGCGAAAAAUAUAUGACUGGCCAUGAUUCACUGAAAAAUCAUAUCAGAAAACAUGAACAGGAGAAGGAUAAUAAAUCGGCUGCCAAUCGGAAUUUCGUUUGCGACAAAUGUGGCAAAAAAUUCGGCGGUCGCACAGCCCUAACCGAUCAUGUGCGCUCUGAUUGUGGCAGAAAACCGUUAUAUCAGUGCAAUGUUUGCGGCAAGCAUUUAACCACCUCGGGUAUAUUAAAAACUCACUUACUCUUACAUAAGGAUGACACACCUUACCAGUGCGACAAAUGUGGUAAAGCAUUUAAGGUGAAAGCACAGUAUAAGACGCACCUAAAAACACGACAUACGGACCAUAAACCCUUCCAGUGCCAUUUGUGCCCGAAAGCCUAUCCAUACCGUGAAUCUCUACUGACGCACAUGACUGUGCACACGGGCAUCAAACGUUUCCUUUGCAAUGGUUGUGGCAAACGUUUCACUUGUGUUUCCAACUUGCAAGCACAUCGCAAGGUGCAUUCAGAGACGUGUGGUCAAUUGCCACUUAAUGCAAAAGCAACUCAAUACAUGGGCGUACAAAAAGGAAAUUUACUUUUAGGUGCCAAACCGGAAGCAGGUGUUGAUUAUAAGGAAACAAACACGCUACUCGCAAAAGAAGUAAUUGAUAGGGAUCGUCCGAUGGCGCAGGAGAUUAACUAUCCGUCAGAACCGUCAGCUCCAUUGGCGACUGUGCCGCUAAACUACACACCGGCAGCGACGCAAAAAUCAGUGCUACCACAAGUUAUAACACCAUUUAUGAGUGUUACACUAACAGUCCCAACUAUUCUUGAAUAAGGGCAAGAGUGCAUUAUUUAUAUUUUUUACACUUUUCUUUCAUUUUAUUUAUAUUUUUACACUUUUUUUAUUUUAUUUUUAUUUUCUCUUCUUGCUCUACAAAAUGUAUAUAAUUAUCUAUAUUAAUAGGCUUAAAAUACACCCGCUAGACGGUUGAAAAGUCGGAAUCCUGGAAACCAGUACUAAGGACAUAUUGAAAAAUUCCGUUUUAUAGUGUGGCCUAGCCAUUUUCAAACAUUUUGUAGAAAGCGUAUUUGCAUGUUUAUUACCUCAUGCCGAUUUCUUCUAGUAUUCUGUAUCAUUUAAAUUUCUUUAGUUCAACGCAAAAGCAACAGCAUGUUGUGUUUGCUGUCUCAUUUUAUUUAGCUUCCAAAGCAUAUUGGUUUGGUGCAGUUCAUCAUGUCGUUUCUGCCCAAUUCCAUAUUUGUGUGAUACCCCUAUGGCUUCUUUCUGUUUGAUUAGUUAUUUAUUUAUUUUUAAUUUUAAUUUCCUUAAAAUUAAUCAGCUUACCCAGAUAACCAUCGGACCAAGACCAGCUAAGGGAGAGAUCUCGGGUUCUUACAAUCUGCAAGAACGCCUUGCCUGGGUAGCGUUUAUCUUAUUUUAUAUAGUUUUAAUAUUUCUAUUAUGCUUAAAAUAAAGUGCAAGUAAUGCAGAUAUGUAUAAGUGACUUUGUACAAUUAUAAAAAUAAAGUUAAAAGAAAUAAUAAU